UUUUUCUCCAUCCGGUGUGUUGGAACCUUUUCACGGCAGACGAAGAAUGGAGAGAGUCGCUAACGGUUGUUAGCGUGAAAACCUCGGCAACAAGGAGAGCGCAGGAAAGCCUCACAUGAAUCCCCCCCAGCGCUCGGUUGAAUUGGACCAAAGCGGAACACGAGCGGACUCCUGGUCGUGUGGAUUUAUCCCCCGUGAAGCGUCGAACACCUGCACUCUUCAGGCCAGCAAACUGCCAAAACUGCUGCUCUCGUUGAGGUGAUCGUCCUGUUGCUGAGCAUUUUCUCAAGUUGCUUUGAUUAGCAGCACAUAGCCGCUACUUUUCCUCCUGCAUGCUGUAGAAACAACAAGGGUCUCUACCUUCCCUGUGUGACAGAUGUCGAGGCCUAACAACUGAUCUAGCUGAGAGGGCGAGGUCGGGGAGGCCCGCAGGUUAACAGCUCCAGUUUCUGGAGAGUGACUGUGCCAUCCAGGUGCCACCAGUAACCAGGGCUGUGGCUGCUGCGGUGGGCCCGGCCCAGGAGGCCUUUUUUUGUCCGUCACUCGAGGCUCCCGCUGACCAGUGCUGCAGCACGCCAUGGAUCAACAAAGAGAUAAAUAUGGCGAGCGGACGACUAGAAGCACCAAAGUUAAUCAGGGAAACCGGAGUGGACACCGACCGUCGGGCUCCUCGAACACGUCCGGCGUUCUCAUGGUCGGACCUAAUUUUCGCGUGGGGAAGAAGAUCGGUUGUGGAAACUUUGGGGAACUGAAGCUCGGUAAAAAUCUCUACACAAAUGAGUAUGUAGCCAUUAAACUGGAACCAGUGAAGUCGAGGGCCCCACAGCUACAUUUGGAGUACCGGUUUUACAAAAAUCUUGGGACCACAGCAGAGGGAGUGCCACAGGUGUUCUACUUCGGCCCCUGUGGGAAGUACAACGCCAUGGUUAUGGAGCUGCUGGGGCCGAGUCUGGAGGAUCUCUUUGAUCUUUGCGACAGGACCUUUUCACUGAAGACUGUCUUGAUGAUUGCAAUUCAGCUGAUUUCUCGAAUGGAGUACGUGCACUCUAAAAAUCUCAUCUACAGAGAUGUCAAGCCUGAAAACUUUCUCAUCGGAAGGCAAGGGAAUAAAAAGGACCACAUCAUCCACAUCAUUGACUUUGGCCUGGCCAAAGAGUACAUCGACCCCGAGACCAAAAAACACAUUCCAUACCGGGAGCAUAAGAGCCUGACUGGUACUGCCAGAUACAUGUCCAUUAACACACACUUAGGCAAAGAGCAAAGCAGACGAGACGACCUGGAGGCUUUAGGGCACAUGUUCAUGUAUUUUCUGCGUGGGAGUUUACCUUGGCAAGGACUGAAGGCUGACACAUUGAAAGAAAGAUACCAGAAGAUUGGUGAUACAAAACGAAACACUCCUAUUGAAGUCCUCUGUGAGAAUUUUCCAGAGGAAAUGGCCACCUAUUUGCGGUAUGUUAGGCGGUUAGACUUCUUCGAAAAGCCUGACUACGAAUAUCUGAGGAAUCUAUUUACUGAGCUGUUUGAGAGAAAAGGAUACACCUUUGACUACACUUACGACUGGGUUGGGAGGCAGAUACCCACGCCGGUAGGAUCUGUCAGUAUAGACUCUGCUGCCUCUGCGGUAACAAGAGAGAGCCAUCCUCACAGAGACCGGCCCUCGCAGCACGCUCCGGUUCGAAAUCAGACGGCAGGCUCAGACCGACGAGGAGCAUGGGAGGUGCAGCCCACGCGGCAAGCAAACUCUUCCUAUUUGACCUCCCACCUGGCAGCGGACAGGCAUGGGGGCUCAGUGCAGGUGGUCAGCUCAACCAACGGCGAGCUGAACGCAGACGACCCGCUGGCUCAAUCCAACACCCCGAUUACACCUCAGGCAGAAGUGGAAGUGGUCGACGAGCCCAAGUGCUGCUGUUUCUUCAGGCGAAAACGGAAGAAGAACACGCCGCGGCACAAAUGAUGAGCCGGGGACCGGAAACGAACCGCUCCUCGUGUCCACUUAGAGUCGAUUGUGAUUUCAGAAACCUGGAUGGUCCCACUCAGAAUAAAAGAGGGAGUCAACUGAAAGAUUCUGAUUGAAUUGUUCUCGGCCAGGACCGCUUUGACAGGAAAGAGAAAAAAAAGUGAAACACACACACACACACACAAAAAACCAAACCGUGGUUUGCGGAGAUGUACAGGAAACAUGUCUUAUGAUGGGAGUUUUUUUAUUUUAUUCCCCCCAUUCCUCUAAGUUAUAUGGGAUGUUUUACAGGACAGACGGCCCAAGAUUAUAUUUUUUUUUUUCUCCGUGACAACCAAAAUGUCUUUCUCUCAUCAUUGUUGCCAUAUUUCUUUCUUUUCAUUAAAAAAAAAAUUUUUUUUGAGAGAGAGGAAGAGACAGAAUCUUCCUGUAGAAUCUCGCCUCCAUCGCUCCGUCAGGUCCUGUCGUUUAAACGCGAUUCACCUCGCCAGGCCUCUCCGUUAGUUCACCGACUCGUUCGCUUUUUUUUUUUUUUUUUUUUUUUUUUUUUUACCUCUUCUGGAUCAUUUCCCGCUGCGGGACAAGCAGCUGAAUACACGAAGGCGAAAAGGAGUAUUAGCAGUCUCUCCGGUUCUCGCAGGACAUCUUUUCGUUGAACCGAAAUACACUACAGUCCCUCUUUUUACUGCUGGCGAUAACGAGCAGCGACCUGAUGUUUCUGCGUGGGGCUUGAAGGGGUUAGGGGAGAAAUGCUAUUUAGUUGCUACUACUUUUCCUACACACUGCAUACACACUGAAUGUAUUGACAGAUGAGUGAAAUGACUGGAGCAUUUCUAUUAUCUCUCCAGUGCAUGGGAAGGAAGUUGCAGUUAAGAAGUUUAACAAAAUUAGUUUUUUUUUUUUUUUUUUUUUUUUUUUGUCGUCAUUGUUAAAAAGGAAAAAAAAAAAAAAAACACUGAGUCCAGUUCAGAUUAGGAAGGGUUUCCUGGACUUUGUGACCACAGCAGCCAUCAGCCGAUGCCACCCUGGAAGGACAGCGUGCUCUGGAGAGUCACCGCCUCUGAAAACCGCUCUGUCCAAUGCCUUAACCUCCAUCCACCAAACCCGACUGACCGCCGCGUUGUUUCGCUUUGCUUUGGAGAGCAAGAUGACAGCAUGGUUGUGAGAUUUUUUUUAAAUUUUUUAUUCUUUCUUUUUGUUUUAUUUUUUUUGUUUGUGUGUGUGAUUUCCAAAUGAUUAAACCCAAAGCAAGAGACUGUUUCGCAGCCAUCGAAGGCCGGCCACGGCUUUUCUCUUCUUAACACGGAAAUGUAUUUCCCACCGAAAAGGAGGAAAACAAAAGAAAAACAAAAGCCAGAACCGAAGGCGCUCCCCUCCCACCAACGCCACCACCGCCCCUGUGCUGCAAAGAGAUGUUUCGACGUCGGGGUCGCCGCUCCAACCGCGGACAGAAACUCUGCGGCGGAGGAAUGCCUUGAAACAAUAUCUCACCUUGCCUAUCAUAACAGGAAAACAAAAACAAAAGAUUUUCAUGUGUUGUCAUUCUAUGCUAAUGUGAAUUCUGUCUAAUGCAAUUAUAUUUUUGUUGUUUUCAUUCCAGUUAGCCAUGGUUUUUAUAGGGAAAGAGACGGGGCAAACAAAACAAAGCUUGAUUAUUACUGCACUACAUUUGUUUGACCCCGGCUCUCCCAGAGGAGACCCUGCCUUCUUAAAAAAAACAAAACAAAACAAAAAAAUCCACUUUGAACGUGCUUAUUACUUUAAUUGUAGCUGCCUCGUGUGCUGGUUGGGGAGGGCUCCUUGUUCGUCGUGGUGCCGUGGCCGCCCUCCACUCGGCCCUCUGUUCCCUCCACACACCGACACGUCGUCAGUGUGAGAUGAAGCGACGCUCGGUGGAGCGUCCGCUUCGGCGUUUUGUGGACCUGCUCCAUUAGAAUGUUGUAGAUGAGUCCGUAUGUAAACCUGCUUCCUAGUUGUAUUUACACUGUACAGCCCGGUUUUUUGUUGUUGUUGUUUUGUUUGUUUUUAAGCCCCGCCCCCCUCAACCCGGUGCGUGACUUUCUCCGGGCAGCCUAAGUUAUUGUGUUAUCGAAAGUACUUGAAUAUGUAAAUCUAUAGGAACACUUUUUUUGUUGUUUUUCUUUUCUUUCUUGCCUCUUCUUCUUUUUUUGCUUCUUUUGUUCGCAGUAGCUCCACGUAGAGGGUUUAAUGGGGAAACAAUGGGAGGCGAAGCUAUUUGAAUGACCGAUUAUUCAUUUAUUCGAUCUGAGGUCAGGUCGUCGGUGGCAGCUGGAUCCGCGUCGCUCCAGCUUCCUGCGCUCAAAAAGCAUUCCGUUUAUCGAGAUGGAGUAAUCCAGACUAUUUAGCCUUCUCGUAUCCCAGCCCCGGAUUCCCCCGCCGAGUGCCAUUUCCGAGACUACUACUGCUUUUACUACUAGUCCAUGCCUUUUCCUGUGCCAGGAAAAUAUCAAGAUGAAUGUUUUCCUUUGUCACUCCACCCCCGUGUCCUUGAAUGCGUCGCCUAUCGUUUCUUUCUUCUUCUGCAGAGCAGCGCAGCUCGGUGCCAUACCAGCCGGUGUUUUUAACGACUCGUUCCGUCUUAGAAAGUCCAAAAAAGGGAAGGGAGGGCCAAACCCACCGCCUUGUAGACCCACGCUUACGUUUCCCUGCCGAGUUUGUGACGCAGCAUCUAGUUCUAUAGCUUCUGGCUGAGCUGGUAUAUAUGGCUAUAUUACUCUGGAUUUGUCUUAAAGCGCCACACUCAUUGUGAGGUGUCUCUGCAUGGCGAGCGGUCUCUUUAUCUCGAUGUUGGAUCCGCGAGACGAUACAGCUUCCGCUCCUUGCGACCUUUUUCUCUUUUGUUUUUUGCUGCACAUUCCAGUUCUGUUCAUGUCGGUCACGGUUUAUGGCUUUCGUGUGUAUUUGUGUACGUGUGUAAAUCAAAUCAAAGCAAAUGAGCGCAUGAAUGAUCUUUCUUUUUUCUUGUUUCUUUUCUUUUGGGGUUCUCUGGCACUUUUUCUCCCCCUGCCCCUCGUUGCUGUACUGUAGGGUUGUUUGAUUUACUGUACCUUGUUUCUUUGAGGGAGAGGUGGUAUGUACUGCAAUAUUGUGUUGAUUAUUUGAAUUGUAAAUUGUACAGAGCCUCACAAUUGUAGUCUUUGUUGGGAAUUUCUAUUAAAAAACUGAUUUCUGAUUUCUUUUUCUCAGACUGCGGAAAAUCAAAUUGUACAGCUCCAAGAAUCUAUCUUUCCCUCUGCGUUUUUUGUUGUUUUUUUUUUAAAUAGAGCUGUGAUUAAGAUAAAUCCUUAAUCUGUAAAUAAAUAAUAUUGUGUUGAAAUAUGAAUGUCACUUCAACAAAAUGUAUUUGAAUGAGUUAGUCAAGGGCUUCAAGUAUGAAGGACCCACCAUUUCUCCUUUUUAAUAAUUUCAUAUAUUUAAGUUGCAGAAAGGUAAAUGGCCUUUUUAUCUGAGAUGACUGUUUGGUUUUUUUUCCCUUUGUUUUUCUUGGACUCAUGAAAUGGUGUCUCACACAAUAAACCUUCGAAAAAUCACUUUAUUCCCUCCACACGUAAAGGGAAUCUCCAAUUUGCACCCUUUUUAUGUAAAAUAAAAGAUCAGUCCACCUUU